AUGGGCCACUUCCCCUGGCUUCGUGCCGUGCUCGGCGCGGCGGUUGUGAGUUUGGCCGUGGCCUCGAACGAUGGUAUUGACGGCACCAGCGCCGACUAUCUGAUUAUAGGCGGCGGUCCUGCAGGCCUGGUACUCGCAGAAAAACUCUCUCGAAACCCCCGAAAGCACAUUGUCCUCCUCGAAGCUGGGCCAGACAGCAUAAACGAUUCAUUGGUCAAUACACCGGCUCACUAUCCCCUCAUCAAGGAGCAGCAUUGGAACUUCACAACUGAACCCGACUCUAAUUUGGGAGGACAUGCGCCUGGUAUUGCACAAGGUCGAACACUCGGAGGUGGCUCCGCGGUGAACGGCAUGGCCUACUGCAGAGGAGCGUCGUCAGUGUUCGAUGAAUGGGCACAGCUUUCUGGCAAUCCGGGGCUGGCCUGGAAGUCAAUGUUGCAGGAGUUCAGAGAGGUGAGCCACUACCAAGACCCUCCCCACGCCGAGUACGAACAAUAUGUGAACAUCUCGGGGUACGGGAAUGGCCCGCUGGAAGUGAGUCGUUCAAGCGGUUUGACCGGCUUCGAAUUCCCCUUUAAAGAAGCCAUCCAGGGCCAACUCGGCCUUCACGAGGCCGACCUGACGGAUGGGACUGGCAUCGGCAUUGACAUGGGGGUUGCCACCAUCUUUGCCAAGAACCGCACUAGAUCAUACCCUCGAAACACGUUUGGGCUCAUUGCUGAGAGAAGGCAAAAUGUGCGAAUUAUACAUGACGCCUGGGUGUCCAAGGUCGACUUCAAGGGCCAAACUGCGGUUGGCGCAACAUACCGUUUCAACGGAAAAGAUGUCAAGAUUAAAGCCAGGGAGGUUAUAGUCAGCGGCGGGGCCAUCAACACUCCCAAACUCCUUAUGCUUUCUGGAGUCGGACCAAAAGAUGUGCUCUCAAAAUGGGGCAUUCCCGUUGUCGCCGAGAGCCCCGAGGUGGGCGCGAACCUCAGAGACCACCCGGUUUCUAUUGUGGAACUUCGCGUCACGCCAGAAGUACUCACACUCUGGCAAUGGGCGUUUAACGAGACCGAGGCAGAUAUAGCAAAAAAACAGUAUGCUGCCAACGCUUCGGGCCCAUUGGGGUGGAACAACGGACUCGUUUUUGCCACAUUUCGUGUUCCCGACUCAGUCUGGGAUGGCAUGGACGGCUCGCAUUUCCGCUCCUUGCCGCAGGAUCGGCCACACGUCAUGAUAGAGUUCAGCACUGUGCCGUUUAUACCUUCGCCAAAUGCGAGCACAAUCACGGCCUGGGCGAGCCUCGUGCAGCCAGAGGCGUCUGGCCGGGUGAGCCUCAGGUCGGGAAACUACCAGGACGACCCGCUGAUAUACACCAACUACUACGGCUCCGUCGCCGAUAAAGCGGCCAUCUUGUGGACAUACAAGAAGCUUCGCGAGAUAUUGCAUCGCCCGGAAGUAAGUCCGCUCAUUGAAUCGGAGCAUUACCCAGGACCGGGUGUGACUACAGACGAAGCUAUAUGGGCGGCAAUGGGGAAUCAGACAUACUCGUUCCGCCAUCCCGUGGGUACUGUUGCCAUUGGAAAGGUGCUGGAUAGAAACUGGAGAGUCAAGGGCCUGAAAGGUAUCAGAGUCGUUGACUCGAGCACAUUUCCCUAUCCGACGACUUGCCACCCCCAAGCGGUGGUGUAUGCACUGGCAAGCAGGGCGGCGAAAGAUAUCCUUGAGGCCGAUUGCAAGAGGUAG